AUGGGCAGCUCGAGACCUUACCGGUCCCGGCUAAUUAGGCCAUGCGAUGGCUGUCGAAAAAGGCGCAUUGCCUGUAUUCGCGACAAGACAGAUGAGGAUUGUUCGCUCUGUCGCCACCGAAAUCAACAUUGCACUUUUGAAGAUGCCCCUCAGGUUCGACGAAGGUUGGGCAACAGGCAAAAAGCACAUCCCAAUCCUCCUUCAGUAGCUGCCUCGAAUUCGAAUGCUAGUUGUGGCAACGAUAGCCCAGAAUCGAUUAUCUCACAGCUGGAUACAUCUCCCAAUGGCACCACUGUAUUCCCCAAUAGGACUUGUCUCUACGUUGGCUCGAGUGGAGAUCAUGAUCCCAACCUUCUAAGACAUCUCGUCUAUGAUGAUCUCGGUCGCUUUGGUGAUGAUCUGUGGACUGUUUGGAGAGUUUCCAAUCCAGAUACGGAGCUUUCAUAUUUGGCGAUUUAUCCGAACUCCCACUUGGAUUGCCACGAAGAAAUGUUCUGCCAGGAGAAAAUUGACUCUAUGUUUGGUCCACAUGAAGAUGAAUUAAUUCGACUUUACUAUGCGCAUUUCCAUUGUUCUUAUCCUAUUUUGGAGUCAGAGGAGGUUUUUUGUGCACAGGUCAACAGCCAAAAGAUACCCUCCUCUCUCCUCUCGAUUGUGUUGUAUCAUGGCUCUCAGUUUUGGUGUUAUUCACCGCUAGCUACCACUACACAAUUACAUCCUAACUACGAGAUUAUACCUUGGAUUUUUCAGAGUUUAACGUUCGAGGUACGAACGCCGAAUCUGCAUGUGAUUCAAGCCAUUUUAUUGUUCAUGCAGGUCAUCCCUGGUCAAAUUCGAGCACCGAAUCACCCCGGCUUCUGGCCUUUGACAAAUAUGCUUGUGGGCACCGCGCAAGAAAUCGGACUGCAUGUCAAUCCCGAAAAUUGGAAUAUCCUACCCUCGGAACGGAAAUUGCGCCGUAUUCUCUGGUGGGCAGUAUUCACGCAUGACAAGUGGAUGGCACAUACACUAGGUCGUCCUUCUCACAUUGUGUCCCAUAAUUGGAACGUGAAGCCCCUCGCUCUGACAGACUUUGCCGACGAUGAGAAUCGAAUAUCAAUUGAGGGUAUAUCAUAUGCCCAGGCUUUCAUUUCUCUCUGUUCAUUGACUAGAGUACUCUCAGAUGUGUGCGACAACUUUUAUAGCAUUCGCGCAAAAUCUGAAACCAGUCCCACUGACGUGGUGUUGAGUAAAGCGGAAAUAUAUCUGUCCGAAAUUCAAAAAUGUACCUCCAAAAUGCCGGAAAUCACCGUUGAGAGUCCUAUCCACGACUAUACUACCAAGCUAAUGGCGUUUUUUGUAUCUCUCUCUGCUCUCCGUGCAGCUCUGAGUGCCUCAAACACACAACAAUCGGAUCGCGCAGGCUAUACUGCCAGUUCCAUCAUUGAGCUGAUACGAGAUCGCCUCUUUCCUAUUUUCGAGGCCUUAAAGACAGCCCGUUCGACAGGCGUAUGGCUUAGCUACAUGCGAGGAAGUCUGACCAUGACCGGUUCUCUUUUGAUUACCAUACUUCUUUCAAGCGUGGAAGAGCAGGAUUUUCAUGAUCGACAGGUUCUUUUGGUGCAAUAUCAUAACUAUUUGAAAAGUUUGGGUGAUCUACAUACGCAAACAGGUCAUUUCGAGUUUACACUUCUUCCUCUCAGGAGACUGAAUUUGAUUAUGGAGCAACUUUUUGGUGCCGAAAGGACUACUUAA